CUUAAUUAGCCGAAUAAUAACCCACCUGGCGUCACUACAAUUUGGACUCAAUAAUCCCCUUUCCUCUCACCAAAAAAAUAAAAAGAAUCCCCUUCCCAUUCCCCUGUUUUUGCUCUGCCCUCUGUUUUUCGGUUUUUUGUUGCUUUAUCUAUUUAUACUUGCGAGUAAAUACACAGCAGAGCAGACACAAACAAGGAAAGGAGCAAAGGGUCUCUCGAGAUUGGCGUCUUCGAGGCAAAGACCUCUCAAAAAGGAACCCCUCCUUCUCCGCCUUCCCUCCAAUUCCCUUUCUCUAAACUCGGGGCAUUCAGAAUUCAGACACAGAGAGAAAGAGAGCGAAAAAACAAAAUAAAAAACCCCACAACAACUCUUUCUUUCCCUGUGAUGGAGGAGAGAGGAGGCUCUCUUAGAGGAGAGUGAGCCUGCUGCCUUAGCUUCAAACGCCCAUACUAGAAGAACAUAAUCCAGAGCUCUCUCUAUAUUCUUCUCAACCCACCAGCAAUAACAAACCUUUACCCCUCUCUACCAUUUUUCCCCCUUCCUCUUUCCAUCUUUCAACACCAAAAUCCCAGAAAGAGUAGCCAGCCAGGUUUCUGGGUUUUCAUUAUUUGUUGUUGUAGUAGUUUGUAGGGUAGUAUAACUAUGGCUCUGUCAAUCCACCAUAGCAAUCAUAAUGAGGCGUUGUUCAAUAAGAACCAACAACAGAUGGAUUCCAGCAAGUACGUUCGCUACACUCCGGAGCAAGUAGAUGCGCUGGAGAGGGUUUAUGCUGAAUGCCCCAAGCCCAGUUCUUUGAGGAGGCAGCAGCUCAUUCGGGAGUGCCCUAUUCUUUCCAACAUCGAGCCCAGACAGAUCAAAGUCUGGUUUCAGAACCGAAGAUGUCGCGAGAAGCAAAGGAAAGAAGCAUCCCGUCUUCAGACGGUGAACAGAAAGCUGACAGCAAUAAACAAGCUGUUGAUGGAAGAGAAUGACCGUCUGCAGAAGCAGGUCUCUCACUUGGUGUAUGAGAAUGGUUUCAUGCGCUCACAGAUCCACAGUGCUUCGGCAACGGCCACAGACAACAGCUGCGAGUCUGUGGUCAUAAGCGGUCAGCAGCAACAGCAGCAGCAAAACCAAUCAAGUCAGCAUCCGCAAAUGGAUGCUAACAACCCAGCUGGUCUUCUCGCAAUAGCUGAGGAGGCCCUCGCAGAGUUCUUGUCCAAAGCUACAGGAACUUCUGUCAACUGGGUUCAGAUGAUUGGGAUGAAGCCUGGUCCGGAUUCUAUUGGCAUCGUAGCUGUUUCCCGCAAUGGUAGUGGAGUAGCAGCACGAGCCUGUGGCCUCGUGAGUCUUGAACCCAUGAAGGUCGCUGAAAUCCUCAAAGAUCGUCCAUCUUGGUAUCGCGACUGUCGAUGCCUUGAUAUGUUGAGUGUGAUUCCUACUGCCAAUGGAGGCACAAUUGAGCUCAUUUAUAUGCAGACAUAUGCACCAACCACAUUGGCUGCAGCAAGAGACUUUUGGACUCUGAGAUACACCACCACAAUGGACGAUGGCAGUAUUGUGGCAAGUCCAAUGCACUUAAUAUCAUUUGUCGAAGGAAAGUGGAUGUCUUGUAUCCCAAUAUGUGGAGUAACUUAUUCUCACGCCCACUCCUUUUCUUUUAUGCAGAUUUGUGAGAGGUCCUUGACGGCUUCUACAGGUGGUCCAGCUGGGCCAACAUCAUCAGGCUUUGUUAGGGCUGAAAUGCUUCCAAGUGGAUAUCUAAUUCGACCUUGCGAGGGUGGAGGUUCCAUGAUACACAUUGUUGACCAUGUUGAUUUGGAUGCUUGGAGUGUCCCUGAAGUUCUGAGGCCUCUAUAUGAAUCUUGCAAAAUUAUUGCUCAGAAAAUGACCCUUGCGGCCUUGCGGCACAUUCGACAAAUAGCACAAGAGACUAGUGGAGAAAUUCAGUAUGGUGGAGGCCGCCAGCCUUCGGUGUUGAGGACAUUCAGUCAGAGACUCUGCAGGGGGUUCAAUGAUGCUGUCAAUGGAUUUGCAGACGAUGGAUGGUCCCUCCUGAAUGGUGAUGGUGUGGAGGAUGUAACUAUUGCCAUUAACUCGUCUCCAAACAAAUAUCUUGGUUCACAGUAUCAUGGGUCGAUAUUCCCAACUUUUGGUGGAGGGGUGCUCUGUGCAAGGGCAUCAAUGUUGAUUCAGAAUGUGCCUCCAGCUUUGCUUGUUCGGUUUCUAAGGGAACAUCGUUCUGAGUGGGCUGAUUAUGGAGUUGAUGCCUAUUCUGCCGCAUGUCUCAAGUCCAGUCCAUAUGCUGUUCCAUGUGGCAGGGCUGGUGGUUUCCCUAGUAGCCAAGUCAUCUUGCCUCUUGCUCGUACAGUGGAGCACGAAGAGUUCUUGGAGGUGGUCCGUUUGGAGGGUCAGGCCUUCUCGCCUGAGGAGAUGGCUCUAGCACGGGAUAUGUACCUGUUGCAGUUAUGUAGUGGGGUUGACGAAAAUGCUGUUAGCGCCUGUGCUCAACUUGUUUUUGCCCCUAUCGACGAAUCAUUUGCUGACGAUGCUCCUCUUCUUGCAUCUGGAUUUCGUGUCAUCCCACUGGAUGGUAAAACGGAUGGGCCUGCUUCAAGUCGUACUUUAGAUUUGGCAUCUACCCUUGAAGUUGGGGCAGGAGGGGGUACUCGUCUGGCCACUGAGUCUGACUCAAACAGUUACAAUCUGAGAUCAGUCCUCACAAUUGCAUUCCAGUUUAGCUUUGAGAAUCAUUUGCGUGAUGAUGUGGCGGCCAUGGCUAGGCAGUACGUGCGCAGUGUUGUUGCCUCUGUUCAGAGGGUUGCAAUGGCAAUUGCACCUUCUUCUGGCCUAGGUUCUCAAGUUGGUGGCAAAUCAUUCCCUGGCUCCCCCGAGGCUCUCACUUUGGCUCGCUGGAUCUAUAGGAGUUACAGGGUGCAUACUGGAGGUGAUCUCUUCCAAAUGGAAUCUCAAGCCGGGGAUGCUUUGCUGAAGCAGCUGUGGCAACACUCUGAUUCGAUCAUGUGCUGCUCCUUGACAAGCAAUGCAUCACCUGUUUUCACCUUUGCAAACCAAGCUGGGCUGGACAUGCUGGAAACAACAUUAGUGGCGCUUCAGGACAUUAUGCUGGAUAAGAUCCUCGAUGAAGCUGGGCGGAAGGUUCUGUGCUCUGAGUUCUCUAAGAUCAUGCAAGAGGGUUUUGCAUAUCUGCCAGCAGGGAUAUGUGUGUCGAGCAUGGGGAGACCGGUGGCCUACGAGCAGGCGAUUGCAUGGAAAGUACUGAACGACGAUGAUUCCCAUCACUGCCUGGCUUUCAUGUUCGUCAACUGGUCCUUCAUGUGAGAUAUAUAAUCUCUAUGUACCCGAAGUUAUCUAAGUAUUAUUAGUAGGGCCGUUAUUCUGUGUGGAAGAUGCACACUUUUGUGAAGUACAAACAGGUAAUCUAGGUAUUAUGGAUGCUGUUGGUUAUUAGGGAUGUAUGUCUGCCAUUUUGUGAAUGGUGUUGAAUAUUUGAUGGAGACUGGUUGGUUUGGUUGCCAUCAUCUUUUGUUUUGAAAGUGGAAUGCUGUUAUUGAGAUGUUUAGUAGGACUUGUGGUUUGGUCUAUGGCCAUCAUCAACCUUGUGAUUAGGUGGUGUAUGGUAAGAUCAGAGCAGGUACCAAUGGUCUCAACCUGAAACCUGUGACCCAACUGUCUUGCUGACAUAGAUGGAUGGGAUUGGGAGGAGCCCUAUGUCAUGUGAUGUGAUGGUGGACAUGCAUGUGCAUAACUGCAUAUACCAUACCAUAAAUACAGAUCACAUAUGGCCUUAAUUUGCAGCAGCACGAUAUAUAACAGAAAGAGACGGCAUUCAUGUUCUUACUGUAAGCAACUAGAAAUGUAGAGUCCCAAGUCUGGUGUGUAGGGUUUCGCAAGCAAGUGUUAAGUGGUUUGGUUUUAAAUGGAGUGAUGAUCAAUUUUAAACGUAUACCCUUUUCA